CCCCAAGCAAGGGCGAGCGAGCGCCGCGCCCGCACCUCCCUGCACAGCCCGCACCUUGCGCCAGGAGGAGAGGCCGCCGCCGCCUUGUCGAGCCCCGUCCUCUCGGGCUCCUGCAGCUCCUGGAGGCGCCAUGGCCCUGGCCCUCUGGCCGCGCGUCAGCCACAUCCUCUGGCUUUCCUGCCUCCUGCCCUCGGCCCCCGCCGUGGUGGCCGCAGGCCGUUAUGAACUUCGCCUCGUCACUGAUAGCCCUGCCACCACAGGGGCAGAGAUGACCAUCACGGCUAGCCUAGUGUCCAGUGACAACGGCAGCCUGGUCCUGCCCACCAACACUCACUUCUACCGUUUCCACUGGAUCCAUAGCCCACUGCUGCUCAGGGAGAAGACGGAGGAGGCUUUCAGCUCGACCGUCCGCGCUGUGGGAAGCGUGCCUGGGGACUUCCCCGUGUCUGUCUGGGUCACUGCAGCCAACUGUGGGAUGUGCCAGCCUGUGGCAAGGAGCCUCCUCGUCCUCUCCGUCUCAGAAUUCCUUGUGGGGAACCUCGUCAUCACCCAGAACACGUCCCUGCCCUGGCCCGGCUCCUAUCUCACCAAGACAGUCCUUAAACUGUCCUUCCUCCUCCAUGACCCGAGCGACUUCUUCAAGACCGCCUGGUUUCUCUACCGCUGGGACUUUGGGGAUGGCACCCUGCUGGUGACUGAGGACUCUACGGUCUAUUACAACUAUUCGAUCAUCGGGACCGUCACCGUGAAGCUCAAAGUGGUGGCGGAGUGGGAACAGACAACGCUGGACGCUGGGAAGGGCAUCGUGCAGAAGAAGGGGGACUUCUCUGCCUCGCUGAAGCUGCAGGAAACUCUUCGAGGCAUCCAGGUCUCGGGGCCCACCCAAAUUCAGACCUUCCAAAAGAUGACGGUGACCUUGAACUUCCUGGGGAGCCCGCCCCUGACCGUGUGCUGGCACCUCACGGCCGAGUGCCUCCCGCCGGAGGAGGGCGAGUGCCGCCCCGCGCCCGUGGCCGGCACAGCUUACAACCUGACCCACACCUUCCGGGACCCUGGGGACUACUGCUUCAGCAUCCGGGCCCAGAACGUCGUCAGCAAGACGCACCAGUACCACAGGAUCCAGGUGUGGCCCUCCAGCAUCCAGCCGGCCGUCUUCGCGUUCCCCUGCGCCACGCUAAUCACCAUGAUGCUGGCCUUCAUCAUGUACAUGACCCUGAGGAGUGCCGCUCACCAGAAGGACUUGGCGGAGGUGGCUGAUUUGGACUUUCCCCCCAUGUCUGACAAGAACCCUGAACCACCCGCUGGGGUCAAGUGCUGCCAGAUGUGCUGUGGGCCCUUCCUGCUGGAGACACCGUCCGAGUACCUGGAGGUCGUCCGGGAGAACCAUGGGCUGCUGCCGCCCCUCUACAAGUCCGUCAAAACGUACACGGUGUGAGCCCGCCCCCUGGCUCAGCCUCACCGAACUGCCAACUGGACGCUUUGGGUGGGGUGCUGCCCGCCACCCAGCGAGAGGGGUUCAUGUGUGCGGGGCCGUCUGCCCUGGCCGGCCAGCCAUCUGUACAGCCCAGCCGCUGCCACAGCCCCUCAGUCACACCCCCCGCCGGCCAUCUGUCCACCUGUGCAGCCCAGCGGCUGCCACAGCCCCUCAGUCACACCCCCCACCGGCCAUCUGUCCACCUGUGCAGCCCAGCCGCUGCUGUGGCCCCUCUCACCUUGGAAGAGGCCCCUGACGUGGUCCCUCCUCUCUCCAGGUGAGCCUGGCUGUCCCUCACCCAGUCCUGCCGUGUUGGCAUGUCUGCUGGCCAUCUGGGGUUCGAGCUUUCCUCCCCCAGCCAGCCUGUCCGGGUCGGAAAGCUGGAGGAAGGUCACAGACGGUUAGGGAUGCAUCACAGAAAGUCAUGCUUAGAGACAGAGGGGCAGGCGCGCACACACCCAUCACGCAGACAUCUCAACAGAUUCCCUCGGCAUCAGUUUGGUCACUUGCUGGGACAAACCCUGAAUUUGAACUAAGAUGAAAUCUGACCUUCUCGACUUGGCCCCAAAUAGCUCCUGGGCCUGGGCCUGGUCUGUCCCUUUGUGAACUGUCCCUGCAGCGACCUGGUCUCAUUUGAAGGACGCCUGUUAGCUGGGGGCUGGGUGGGGGCAGGACUAUUGGUGAGUGCAAAGUGCUUUAUGAAAGCACCUUCUUUUCUUGAGACCCUGUUAACAUCCACUGAAGAAAAGGCCUUGAAGCAAAAGAGAGUUGAGCAGGUGGGGACUUGGGAAGGUGGUCUUGCCAACCAGCUGCCCCCAGAGGGGCCUUGAGAGGGAAGAGGCAGGACUGGACCAGCCCGAGCCUGGGGGAACCAAGCCCAUUCCUGUCCCCUGGGGCCCAGUGGCUGGGGCAGGCAGAGCAGGUGGGGGGAGCAGGUUAUGGGUGCAGAGGAGACACAGGCCCCAGCCAACUGUGCAAGGGGUGC